CAGUUGCUAGGACCCAGGGGGAACAAAGGGAAGCACCUACAAAUAUUUUCACCGGGUAGCGCACGCGCGGAUCGGUCUUGGUUCAGAUUGGACUGUGCAUCAUCGAGCAGUGCCGCCGUGACGCUUCGAAGAAUUUGAUUACGAUUUAUCCAAAGAUUUGACCUAACACUUAUCAGACAUGGCUGAUGAGGGAUUUGUUGUGAGGGUGCGAGGAUUGCCGUGGUCCACGUCAGUGGAUGAAGUUUCCCGUUUCUUCUCAGAUAGUAAAGUUGCAAACAAUGGCACAGCAAUCCACUUCACCUACACCAGAGAAGGCCGGCCUAGUGGAGAGGCUUUUGUGGAAUUGGAAUCAGAGGACGACUUGAAGAUUGCCCUUAAAAAAGACAGGGAAUCUAUGGGACACAGAUAUGUGGAGGUGUUUAAAUCUAACAACGUUGAGAUGGACUGGGUCAUGAAGCAUACUGGGCCCAGCUGUCCAGAGACCGAUGGCGAUGGGCUUGUGCGGUUGCGUGGUCUGCCCUUUGGUUGCAGCAAAGAGGAGAUUGUCCAGUUCUUCUCAGGUAUUUCACCUGAUAGACUGUCACCAGAUAUUGGGUUGGAAAUCGUGCCAAAUGGGAUAACAUUGCCGGUGGACUUCCAGGGGAGGAGUACGGGGGAGGCCUUCGUGCAGUUUGCAUCACAGGAUAUAGCUGAAAAGGCUCUAAAGAAACACAAGGAAAGAAUAGGGCACAGGUACAUUGAAAUCUUCAAGAGUAGUCGUGCUGAGGUGCGAACACAUUACGAGCCUCCGCGCAAAACCAUGGGCAUGCAGAGACCCAGCCCAUAUGACCGGCCCAGCGGCGGUGGUGGUGGUGGUGGUGGUGGAGGAGGGGGCCGAGGCUACAACGGCAUGAGUCGAGGGGGCUCAUUUGACAGGAUGCGCCGUGGAGGCUAUGGUGGAGAUGGACGUUACAGUGAUGGCGGCUCAAAUUUCCACAGCACAACAGGUCAUUGUGUGCACAUGAGGGGACUACCUUAUCGCGCCUCAGAAAACGACAUCUAUAGUUUCUUCUCUCCACUGAACCCGGUGCGCGUGCACAUUGAAGUUGGGCCUGAUGGCAGGGUGACUGGGGAGGCAGAUGUGGAGUUUGCGACACAUGAGGAUGCCGUGGCAGCCAUGUCCAAGGACAAGGCCAGCAUGCAGCACCGUUAUAUUGAGCUGUUCCUAAACUCAACAGCAGGGGGCAACAGUGGAGGCUAUAGCAGUCAGAUGAUGGGAGGAAUGGGCAACCAGUCGUCUUAUGGGCACAGUAGCCAACAGAUGAACACAGGAUACCAGGGUGGUUACAGUGGACAGUCAAGCAUGGGAGGCUACAAUGAUUACAGUAACCAGAGCGGAAUGAACAGCAGUUACUAUGGUGGCAGCCGAGGAUCGGUGGGCAUGAAUGGGAUGGGUGCUGGCUGGGGGAUGUGAGGGUUCAAUAGAUUCUAGCAUGUUUAAAUGGAUUGGUUUUUUUUUUCCUUUUUGGUUUCUUUUUUUUGUUUUCUUUUUUUAGAUACCAUACAGACAACAUCUGUAAUGCCUGCAAGAUAAAACAAGGCCAAGGUUUUAUUUUUAUCCCUGUUCUGUAACCUUGUUGCUAGAAUCAGUGCAUCCAUUUUAUUUUGACUUGUAAAGUGAAGAUAACAAUGUGGGUUGCAAAAAAUCGGUCCCGUCUGGCUUGAAGUUGCACAGUUUGUAACCCGUCCCAGCCAAGUGUGCUUUUUGUAUAUACGGUGAUGACUGCUUGUGGCAAGCUGCAAACAUUUCUAGCUCUUCCUCUGAUGAGGUCAAAUGUUCUUUACCUUUGGAUUUAAUAUCAACUUUUUAUAAUGUCAACAAGCAUUGUUGGAAUAGUUUUCUGUUUGUUUUUGUAUUGGAACGGGGAAAAAACUUCAUGCAAAUUUAAUACACGUGAUAUGCAUAUUUUUUAUUAAUAUUCUUAAGGAUAUUUCAUUUCCUCCAACAAUCUCUUGUUUGGUUGUCCACAGUAAAUAAACUUCUUCAACAAUG